UUCGAUAACUCCGGUCGCCAAUACGACGCCAAGGGAAACCUGGUCAACUGGUGGACGGAUGCGACGGCCGAUGCUUUUGUGGGAAGGGCACAAUGUUUCAUCGAUCAAUACAACGGAUACGAUGUCCCGGAACUCUCGGAUUCACACGUGAACGGUGUCGCGACUCUGGGAGAGAACAUAGCUGACAACGGAGGACUGAGUGAGGCCUGGCUGGCCUACCUCAAAUACAUCGAACGGAACGGAACGGAACCCUCCCUCCCUGGUCUCAACCUCACGACUCAGCAACUCUUCUUCGUCGCCUCUGCCUACGUA